GCUGGGUUAAACAAAAUUUGAACAAAUAUGAAUUUGAAGCACUAGACCAAUUAAGACAGAACAAGGACAUCAUCAUUAAACCAGCUGACAAAGGUAGCGCAGUGGUGAUCAUGGACAGGGAACAGUACCUGUGGGAGGGCUACAGACAACUACACGACACAACUUACUACUCUAAGCUAAAAAAAGCCCAUUUACAAGGACACUAUUCCACUCAUUGACAAGAUCAUACAAUCACUCUACAACAAAAGACUCAUCAACCACAAACAGACUCUAUACUUGAAGGGUGACAGCGAACCUCGACCUAGACUGUUCUACAUGCUACCCAAAAUUCAUAAGGACCCUGCUGGGUGGAGCAAACCCCAUGAGAUCCCUCCAGGACGUCCUAUUGUGUCUGAUUGUAGCAGCGAGACCUACUAUACAGCUGAGUUCAUUGACCAUUUCCUCAAUCCUCUCUCGAUCAGGCAUGCCAGUUACAUCAAAGACACCUAUGAUUUUGUGGAAAGAAUUAAGCAGAUCAGCAUCCCCCUAAAUGCAUUCCUCUUCACCAUGGACAUUGACAGUCUCUACACAAACAUUGUAAUCUCAGAAGGCAUCCAAGCAGUCAAAAAUAUAUUCCAAAAAUACCCAAACGCCCAAAGACCAGACAGAGAACUACUGCAACUCCUAGAGAUCAAUUUGACCAGAAAUGAUUUUGAAUUCGAUGGACAAUUUUUCCUCCAAAUUAAGGGCACGGCCAUGGGAAAGAAAUUUGCACCCGCAUAUGCCAACAUUUUCAUGGCAGAGUGGGAAACGACUGCACUAAAUUCCUGCCCCAAAAAACCACUCCACUACUAUAGGUUUCUGGAUGAUAUAUGGGGUGUCUGGCCCUAUUCGAGAGAGGAUUUUGACCAAUUUGUGAACAUUUUGAAUCACCAUAACCCUGCUAUCAAAUUGAAAUAUUGUAUAAGUCCCACCACGGUUGACUUCUUAGAUACCACAACAUUCAAGGGUCCCACAUUCACUCAAACGGCUAGACUUGACCUCAAGGUGUUUUUUAAGCAAACAGACACACAUGCUCUUUUGCACAAAUCCAGCUUUCA